CAGCAGCACAGCCUCCUCUAUUUGUGGCCCCUUUGUGGGGCUUGUGUCAGCCCACAGAGAGAGGGAGUCCAGAAGCCAAAGGUCGCCACAGGGGCUCUGCCAGUCUGGCCAUGAAUCUGGAGCCACCCAAGACCGAGAUCCGGUCGGCCACCAGGGUGACUGGGGGGCCCGUCACUCCCAGGAAAGGGCCCCCCAAAUUUAAGCAGCGGCAAACCAGGCAGUUCAAGAGCAAGCCCCCCAAGAAAGGCAUCCAAGGGUUUGGGGACGACAUCCCUGGAAUGGAAGGCCUAGGAACAGACAUCACGGUCAUCUGCCCAUGGGAGGCCUUCAACCACCUGGAACUGCAUGAGCUGGCCCAAUACGGCAUCAUCUAGCACCCACCUGCCAGUCCCGGACCCACCCCGCUGCCCGCCUGACCCGCCCCUCAGGAUUCCUGCAAGGAGGCCCACCCCGCAGCUGAGGGCAUCAGGAUUGUGCAGAUUGUGUGGGGAGACCUUCAAAGGGCAGUGACCUCAGGACCCUUGACACCAGGAGCCCACCACCUCCCAAUAGGGUGCCCUUCCGGGGCUGGCCAGGCCCUGCUUGACUUGCCAAGAGAUGGUCAGACCCUCUCCUCCUGUGGCUGGAAAACCAGGGCAGGACCUCCCAGGAGUGUCCCGCACACGCCGGCCCCUUGUCCUGCCUAUCCCAACGUGAGGACAAGCUACCCCCAACUAGCCAUUCCCAGCUGGUGCCACUGAGUCAGCAUGGUAGGUGGCAGGAGUCCUGGGGGCAUCAGUGAGAGAGCAGGGCCUCCCCAAACCCACCACGCCUGUGGGAAGCUUGUCUUUUCCAGCAUGGCCACGCUUGUUGUCCCUGUUUCAAAAUAAAAUCACGCCCCCA